AUGUCCAGCUCUGCCCUGACUCUCGGGUCCACCCUGGAAAAGUCAGGAGACACCUGGGGAAAGAAGGCAGUGGCCUCCUCCCGCCUUGUUGUUCCGUGGCCACCAGAGACCCUGAGCAUCAACUUAACCCCCAAUAAAUCCUCCCUGUGCCAGGGACUGAGCAGUUGGUGGGGGGCAGCCCCUGCCCUCCCAGGGCUCGCAUUCGCAGGGGCUGUACACCAAAGCAAGGCCUGUCGGAGAUAGUUAAAAGCACCCAAUUCUCUUGACAUCAGACUCAAUCUUCUGGGAAGAUCCCCCUCCCCUUGACCUCCCCUGAUACAACUGAACAGAGCUCCAGAAAGACACAGUUGGCAAGUUAUUCACCACUUCCCACCUCACUUUCUUGGUCAGAAAGAUGGGGAUACUGAGAAGACCUGUGCCAUAGGACAGUUCUAGCUGAUCUAUGAGGAUGCCAGUGCAGAGCCCAGUAGCACAAGGCAUAGCCAUUCAGAUCAACUGGCAUUUACUGAGGGCUGCUACGUCAGUUCCUUUUCCACAGAAUACUCCAUGCAUGCUUGA